AUGCUUCUGCUUUCCUAUCGACGCUACAUUGCGUUGUUAAUAGUCGUCUUCGUAACCUGUUUUAUCCUUCUUUUGCACGAUUUAGACCACUUACGCAGAUAUAAUCUCGUUCACUUAUCUCCCAGCCCCCGAGUUGAGUCUCCUCCCGCAGUUCUCAGCCUUCCUCAUGAUUAUGACCUUGUUGGCACUUCUGAGACGGUCUGGUGUCAAGAAAGAUUCGGCACGCGGUACCUCGAAAAUGCCCGUGAUUUCUCUGCGUCUUUCUGCACGGAUGAAUCGACUUCAAGGUUCACUUGCUUCUUCUCUCAUACUGCUGCGGAUAACCCUCCGCGCAUUGAUUCAAUGUGUUAUGGGCACCGUGCCGUAUUUGAUGAAUCGCUACACCGGUUUCGGUUAGGAUGUGACAUCCAGUCGCCCACAUCGGACGAGAUGGCAAGGGGAGUGCCAAUGCCGACAGAACUGUCUAGGUAUUGGUACGAGACAGGGCCCGGGUUCGUCAUGAAUGAGGCUGUCCUGUUGGAUAGCGCCGUGUCUAAAGGACCUUCGCAAAUCACGACGAUCCUUGUAAAACGCGAGGGGUCAAGUAACGUCUGGCAUUCGCUAAUGGAAAUCAUGAGCCUUUCUUGGAGUCUCGAUGUGCUUCAAAUAGGUGCCGAUACGGAAACAGGCAAUCCUUUUCUCUCACCAGAGGCUGGGCCGACGACGCAGGUUGUUCUUCUAGACAAUCAUGAAGACGGUCCAUUCAUCGAUAUGUGGAAACUCUUCUCCAAAAUGCCAAUUCGCCGUAUUCAAGAGCUCAACGAAUCAGAACCCUUGUCCGAUAUUAUUAUACCAUUUGCUGGAGGGAGUAAUCCCCUUUGGCAAGGCGACUGGGAGGAUAUUGUAUGUCGAGAUUCUACCCUUGUUAAAACAUUCUCAUCGCGAGUCCUCUCGUUAUAUGGCGUGGCCACGCCUAUUAAAGAGAACAACAAAGUGAUUGUCACAUAUAUACGUCGCGCAAACACUCGAAAGCUUAUCAACGAAGACGCACAUAUGGAAGCUCUAAGAAACGAAAUACCUAAUAUGAUUCUCAAUGUUGUCGAUUUCGCAGCCAUCUCAUUCGCUGAACAGCUUAAAAUUGUGCGAGAGACAGAUUUGUUGGUUGGAGUUCAUGGAGCCGGACUCACACACCUCAUGUUCCUCCAACCCGGGUCAGCCGUUCUCGAGAUAUUGCCAGAAGGUUUCCAGCACAAAGGCUUCCGCAAUCUUGCACAGAUGCUUGGCAUAAGCUUCUUCCGUGCUCAUGCUAAAAUGCAUGGGGAUGCUUCAGGUAAUAAUCAGUGGCAGUUUGAUGCUGUUGAGUUGGACCAACAGCGGUUUGUGGAACUGGUCGACUUUGGGGUGAGAAGUUUGUCUAAUAAUGGGAAGAAGAGUUAUGAUAUUCUGUAG